CUCCUAGCAAAUAAAAAAAUAGUUAUUGAGGAAAAAAAAGAACACUAGGCAUCUCUUCGGCCCAAAUUCAUCUGCACAGUCCACUUCGCUUCCCUCUCUCUCUCCGCCGGACUAGCUUCCUACUUCAGUCUCUGCUUGCUUCUGCUCUCAUCUUCAAAAGUCGAAUAUUCAAAAAAUGCUGUCAAAAAUUAUCAAGAAUGUGAAUGCUGGGGCUGAUAUGGGAUUCUUGAGGCAACUUAGAAGAUAUAUAUCUGUCUCAAGCAAAACUGUGAUGGACAUUGCUGGUAAAGAUGGGGAACUAAGAGUGUUCGUUGUUGCUGGUGAGGUUUCAGGAGAUACUAUUGGUUCUCGUCUUAUGGCUUCCUUGAAGAAGCUUUCUCCUACUCCCAUCCGCUUUGCAGGCGUUGGAGGGUUCUUGAUGUCCAAGGAAGGAUUGAAAUCUCUGUUUCCUAUGGAGGAUAUAGCAGUAAUGGGGAUAUGGGAGUUGUUACCCCAUCUGACUCGAAUCAGAGCAAAGUUGAAGGAAACAACUGAGGCUGCUCUUCUGUUUCGGCCUCAUGUUGUUGUGACUGUGGACUCCAAGGGAUUCUCUUUUCGUCUCCUAAAGCAGUUGCGAGCUAGAUACAGUCAGCAACGAUGGGAUGAUUGCCCUGUACACUUCCAUUAUGUGGCACCAUCAUUUUGGGCAUGGAAAGGGGGAGAAGCAAGGCUCAAAGAUCUAGCUAAUUUUGUGGAUCAUGUUUUUUGCAUACUUCCAAAUGAGGAAGCAGUUUGUAAGUCAAAUGGAUUGGCUGCAACCUUUGUGGGCCACCCCAUUCUGGAAGAUGUUUUGGAAUUGAAUUCAGGAAAGCAAAUCUCACCACAUGAAUGCAAAAUAGAGGGAAACCGUGAAGAUUUCCAAAGUAAACAUGGAGUACCUUCAGGUGCCACUGUUGUUUCUUUGCUUCCUGGAAGUAGAUUACAAGAGGUCACCAAAAUGCUUUCCAUCUUUGCAAAUACAAUGGAACAGUUACAAGACUCCUUUAACGAGUUAUUUGCAGUCAUCCACCUAGCACCAAAUCAGCUUGUGGAAGAUUACAUUAAGGCUUUUGUUCAUAAGUGGCCUGUGCCUGCUAUAGUGGUUCCUGGAGGACAUCCACGCAUGAAAUAUGAUGCAUUUAAUGCCAGUACUGUUGCAUUAUGUACUUCUGGAACAGUUGCCGUGGAGCUUCAGCUUGCACGCUUGCCAUGUGUAGUUGCCUACCGAGCCCAUCUCCUAACUGAAUCAUUUAUUCAGUACAAAGCAAAGAUACCAUACAUUUCUCUGCCCAAUAUACUCAUGGAUUCUGCCAUAAUUCCUGAAGCUCUGUUUCACGCAUGCACACCUACAAAUCUAGCCUCAUUGCUUAAGGAACUCAUGCACAACAAGGAACUUCAAGAAAAACAAAUUGUUGCUGCUGAAAAGGUAAUCAGUCUUCUAUUUCCUUCAGAAAGGAUCAUAUAUAACUCAGCAGAACAGGUUAAAGAAAGAAGUUUUUCAAGUUUCUCUCCGAGCAUUAUGGCAGCGUCUACCAUACUAUGGCACGUAAAACCGUGAGGAAUAAUUCAUCGGACGUUGUUGGAUUCUGUUGAAGAGUGUUAAGAAGGGAGUGAAGUCAUGGUUGGCAGCUGUAACAUAGCAGUCUAUACUUUUAGCUGGUUUCCUUAUUUUGGAUGCAAAAAGUUGUGGUUGCAGAUUGACAUUUUCUUUUGUUAUGAAGUUUGAUGUAAAUGGAUAUCCUUGUUAUUUUUCCAUGUCACUUGAGUUUCAAUUUUUGCAAUGUUAGUUCACUUUUCCAUA